GGGGUGAGUCGGUCCCCGCCCUAUUUUCUUUAAAUACCCACCACCACGGCGCACCGUUACACGGGACAUAAACAGUGAUGUGCUGAUAUUAAUCGACAUAAAUUAUUCUUUAACAACGUGAGUACUUGAACAGCUUAAUUUAUAUUUAUAUCAUGGAGCUGGACCGGCGGCUGCUGCUGGCUCACUGCGCGGCUCACGCCCUGUCGGUGGUGGCGGGCUUGUUGGUAGUCGUCCCCCUGGCUCUCAACGGCUCCGCGUUCAAAGGCCGCUGCGCUCUCUUCUCCUCCGGCUACUGGAGGACAGAGGACCGGGAGGAAUUGACGGGGCAGCCGGGAGACGUCUCUCACUUGGUGGUGCAGCAGUGGGGCCCCCCGGCUGCCUGCCAGUGCGCCACAUUUGUGGGUAUUUUCACGGUGCUGUACGGAGCAGCGCAGGGCUGGAGGUGUCUCUUCUAUCUGCACGGAAGACACGAUGACACCCUGUUCUCGUCCUUCCUGACGGUGCUGCUGAGUGUGUGUGUGCUCUUCCUGUCCGGAGGGGCCAGUGUUAUCUUGUCUCUGGGAUUCGCCUCCUGGUGUGACACCGUGACUGAUCACAACAAACGGCCGUACAGCUGUGCAGAGUCCCAGUCGGUUCCUCUUUACCUGGAUGUGAACACUUCCUCUUUCUACACAGAGCUCAGUCUGGCACAGGUGUCUCUGUGGGGUGUGACGGCUCUGUGGCUGGCUCAGUCCAUCCUGGCUUUCCUGCGUCUCUACCACUCUCACAGCCAGCACAUCAGCGGGCCGUGUCGUCCCCGAGAGAAGGAGCUGCUGCUGGGACACAGUCCGUCCGAAAGCUGCUCCCCGACACCUCCACAUCCCCCGGCAACACCCACCAUCUUUGUCUAACUGAGAGUGUGUGAGGUAUUAACGUCAACUCCAUUUACACUUUAUUUUAAACCUCUUUUUGCCCCUCAUCAUUAUUGAUCAUGUGCAUGUAUAAUAUGGGCAUGAACGUUUGUAUUGUGAUAUAAUUCAUCAUGUAUAAUAGAGACUGACUGAUGAUUCAUAUGGGCGUGUAUGUCAGCUGAUAAGUAACAAGACAUUUCAGCGUUUCAGAAAUGACAGAUUUGUUUCAGCUCGUUUAGAAAUAGCGUAUCCAUGGUAAUAUCAGUCAGGGUGUAUUACAUAAACACAUGAUGUUUGAGCAGGGACAUUUACAUUACAGGACACUGUCAGCCCUGACACCACAGCGUACAUCCAGUUUCUGCGUCAUAUGUAUUGAUUCAUUUGAGUCACAGAACUAAGCAUCUGAUUUUCUGAAUGAUAAAUACCAGUUGAUUAAAAAAAAAUCCCAAAGACUCUCCUAACCAUUUGGAUGAAAAAAUAUUCAAUCUACUGCACGCCAAAAAAGAUCAGCCUAAAUUUUCAAUGACAAUAUCUCCCUUUGGCUAACUCUCUUUUUUUAAUAAGGAAAAAGAGUUUUCAUCUAAAUAUUUGAAUUCUUAAAAAUGCCCUCCAAACAGCACUAAGUGCUGUUUAGCACGCCUCUUGUUUUUUCAAAGCUCUGCUGGAAUUUUGUUAAGUGCCAGUUUAAUGGUGAUUCGUGAAAACCACUAACUGGGACUAACCUCAGCUAUGUUGGGGACAAAAGGGAUAGAAUAAAAACGCUCAUAGCUGAAUCAGACGUAUUCAGUGAUCUAAAAAAACCACAGUGUCAUUUAGAAGCUAAUGAUGAUUCUCGCCAUUUGACGGUGACUUUGUAAAUGAAUGUUUUACAGUUUAUUCACGUCACUGGUGACGCCAAACCAGCCAGAUGGUGUUUCUCUUACAGUCUGUUUUAAAAAUAUUUAAUAUGCAUGGUUGUUUACAUUUCUGCUGGAGUCUGACAUUUUGCACAGUCGUGUUCUCGUCAGGGAGAAUACACUUUGUCGACUGUUCUGAGUGUAAUAUUCAGAUGUAGCACUGAGGCGCUUUUAUUGUGAAGCAUUUGGUGAGAGUGUGACCGAGCCACUGAGUAACAGGCUCACUGUGUGAGCAUGACCCAAGUUCUGUUGUGUAACAGGGGGAAAAAAAAAAAAUCACUGCUGGCCCUCUCUCUUCUGGUGACGAUUUUUGUCAUGAUGCUGUUUGUCUGGACGCAGCCGCUCUCAGGGCGUCAAUGAAGCAGUCCAUCUCCUGAAAUGAUACCUGUGGAUUCUGUAGCGUAACAAGGAGGAUCUGUGAUGGUUUUCAUGUUGAGAGAAUUGUGCGGAGCUCAGAGGGGUCGAUGAGGAGGAGAGAAGUUGCUAACUUUGCCGAGUUUUCUUAAACAAAUGACUCAAAGUUGAAUUAAACUUCUUUUCUGUUAUCAUCGACCCCGGAGGUUGUAAUGACACACAGACAGCGGAGCAGGAAAUCUGAAGUAGAGAGACGAGACAGUGAUGCCACUUGAAAUGAAUUGUUGUAGAUGAAAUGUUUUUGUACUAUAACUGACAAUGUUUUUUGCUUUUUACCUCUUAUACCUGUUUGUUCUCAUUCAUAUUCAUGUUUUUUUUUUUGCAUUUGUUGAAUAAAAAGUCUCCCGUUA